CGCCGCUCCACGCCGGAGCCUCAGGUCCCGCCUCCACGGUGAUCAGGUUAGUGUGCGCCGCGGGUGCUGGGGGCUCGAGAACCGAGCGGAGCUGGUUGAGCCUUCAAAGUCCUAAAACGCGCGGCCGUGGGUUCGGGGUUUAUUGAUUGAAUUCCGCUGGCGCAGGAUCCUCUGCAGAGAGAGAGAGAGCGCAAGAGAUGGAUAUGGACAAACGGAUUCAUUUAGAGCUGCGGAACAGGACGCCCUCUGAUGUGAAAGAACUCGUCCUGGACAACUGUCGGUCAAUUGAAGGCAAAAUCAAGGGCCUCACAGAUGAGUUUGAAGAACUGGAAUUCUUAAGUACAAUCAACGUAGGCCUCACCUCCAUUGCGAACUUACCAAAGUUAAACAAACUCAAGAAGCUUGAACUAAGCGAUAACAGAAUCUCAGGGGACCUGGAAGUAUUGGCAGAAAAAUGUCCGAACCUUAAGCACCUAAAUUUAAGUGGCAACAAAAUAAAAGACCUCAGCACAAUAGAGCCACUGAAGAAGCUAGAGAAUCUCAAGAGCCUAGACCUGUUUAACUGUGAGGUGACCAACCUGAAUGACUACCGAGAAAAUGUGUUCAAGCUCCUGCCCCAGGUCACGUACCUCGAUGGCUACGACAGGGACAACAAGGAGGCCCCUGACUCCGACGUUGAAGGCUACGUGGAGGACGAUGAUGAGGAAGAUGAGGAUGAGGAGGAAUACGAUGAAUAUGCCCAGCUUGUGGAAGACGAGGAGGAAGAGGAUGAGGAGGAGGAAGGGGAGGAAGAGGACGUGAGUGGAGAAGAGGAGGAGGAUGAAGAAGGUUACAAUGACGGGGAAGUGGAUGAUGAGGAAGAUGAGGAAGAUGCUGGUGAAGAAGAAAGGAGUCAGAAGCGAAAACGAGAACCCGAAGAUGAGGGCGAAGAGGAUGACUAAGGGGAAUUAACCUAUUUGGGGAAAUUCCUAUUGUGAUUUGACUGGUUUUACCCAUAUCCCCUCCCCCCUCCUAUUCCUGCCCCCCGAAACUUAUUUUUUUCUGAUUGUAGCGUUGCCGUGGGAAUGAGAGGGGAAAAGUGUACUGGGGGUUGCCGGGGUGGGUGGGAGGGGGAGGAAUAAAAUACUAUUUUUACUGCCACUCUUUAUUUUCCCCCCUCCUUUCUCCUGUGUCUGGUUUUGUCCCCGUAAAUGCAAUAGCUUAGUACGCACCAAGCAAGUGUUUGUUCUUACUCUCUGGAGAGGGUGGCUUUGAGGUCUCUUUUUGGUAUGUCCCACAUCCCCAGAGUUGGUCAAGAGGCUGUGGCUGGCCUCCACCAGGUGGGUGACUCACAGCCUAGGAGGCACUGAAUCCCGGGGCCCAUCUCCAGUAACUCUGUUCUGAAUCCCGGGGCCCAUCUCCAGUAACUCUGUUCUGAAUCCCGGGGCCCAUCUCCAGUAACUCUGUUCUGAAUCCCGGGGCCCAUCUCCAGUAACUCUGUUCUGAAUCCCGGGGCCCAUCUCCAGUAACUCUGUUCUGGUUCAUGUGGUCUCUGCUAGAGGCACCCAGCACCGGGUUUGUAAAUAGCAACCUAAAGGCGUAUUUUGGCACUGGUUUGGGGACAUUCCCCAUCUCUCACCCCCUUUCCCCCUUCGCAGAUGGCAGCGGGCUUUGCUUUUGCAAAGAGAACUUUUGUUACUCUGAAACUGGGAUCCUGAGAGCCAAAAACCGACGGGCUUAGGAGAUCCGAGUAAAAUGGGUUUAGUAAUCAGAAUGGAAAUGAGCGAGCCUUCAUAUUUCAACUUUUUAAAAAACAUGGCCUGUCCUAUCUUGUUCUGUAAACUAUUAGAGCAGUUUAUUUUGCAGAAAUGACAGGAGGACUUAUUUCAGGUACUCCAGCUUAGACCCUUUUUACAAAUCUAAGCUCUGGAGGCCUCUGCAUGUCCACUGGGUUUUGUUUCGUUUUCCUUCUUUCAUACAUUGGAGCACGGAAAAGGAAUGCAGAAUUGUAUUUUCUUACCGAGUGGGACUCUGAAGUGACCGCAGGCUCCUCCUAGUGAAUGCUGUGUCUUUUCGGUGUCCCCUUUCCGGAUUGCUUUACAAGUGACGUGCUGUCUCCCCCCAUGUCUCAUCUGUACAAAGACCAUCUGCAACCCAUUUUUCUCCCACCCUUGAGAAGAGCCAAACUUUGAGUUUUAUGUCUGUUUGUCAUUGAUAAAUUUCAAUAAAUCUUUUUUAUACAA